AUCCCCGAAACAAGCACUAUUGAAUGUGUGAACGCUUCGACCGACAUGGCUCAGUCCGAGCUUGUCGAAGUUGUCGUGACAGAUUUAACUUCUACCGAUAUUCCACAAAGGACCUCACUGAUGAUUAAGCCUUCCAGAGAUUUGUACAGCGUUAAUUUCUGUGGUGCCCGGAAGCUUUUUGUGGUGGCAUACGAGCAAGGCCAAAAGUCGACGAUAACGACAUGCCGAGUAACCCUUAAGCAGGUCCCCAAUCAGCUUCUAAUCGAUGUAACAGGCCCAUUUCGUUUACUUCCACUUGUUUCUACCGAUGAGACACUCGUGUACGAAGAAGUGCGCGAUGGUAUCGAGGUAAAAGUCUACGUCAAAGGAGAGCCUGUCACUGAGACUCAAUCCAGAACUUGCUCCUAGACGGAGCAAAUCUACAUGGGCACCCAGGAUAUUAGAUGCUAGAAAUAGAAAUAGAAGAACUUUUGUUAAAACGAAAAACGUGUUUAUCCAUCUAUGUAGAAAACAGCGUGUGAGUCGUAUUUCAUUGACUUAAACGAUUUCCUGAGUAAGCCAGCGUACGUCGAGUACUUGA